AUGUAUUUCGCGGUUCCUUUGGCCCUGCCCUGGAGUUGGGUGUUCUGCUUUGCCCUCCUGUUUUUGUUCAGAUAUCUGCGUCUGCAUGUCAAUCUGCUCUCGCUAUGCCUCUACCGUCCGGUGCAGCCGUCGGACGACCCCUCGGUCACUUCCCGGGACAUGACUGUCAUCAUCCCCACCGUUGCCGUUGAUAUCCCGCAAUUGAGGGACACGCUGGGCUCCGCCCUCCUGCUGGAUGCCUACGAGAUAUUCCUCGUCACCACCGACGCGUGCUUCAAGCGGGUCUCGCGCAUGGUGGAGGACAUGGGCUCGCCCAAGAAAGUCCGUAUGCUGUCCGUGGCCCAGGCCAACAAGCGCCGGCAGAUGUCUCGCGCCAUCCCGGAAGUGCAGACGCGGAUCACGCUCCUGCUCGACGACGAUGUCUGGCUGCCCGAGAAGUUCACAAAAUGGAUCCUCGCGCCCUUCGAGGACGAAAGAGUCGGCGGAGCCGGCACGAACCAGCGGCUGCGGCGAAAGGACCCCUGGAACAUAUGGGAGUUUCUGGGUGCCUCGUAUCUGGUCCGCCGCAACUUCGACUGCACGGCAUGCAACUACAUGGACGGCGGCCUGCCCUGCCUGUCUGGACGCGCUGUUGCGUACCGGUCUGAGAUUCUGCAAGACCCGCAUUUCACGCACGGCUUCAACCACGAAACCUGGCGCCGCGGGCACUUCCUCAACGCGGACGACGACAACUUCAUCACGCGCUGGCUGUUCACACACGACUGGAAGAUCAAGUUCCAGAACCACCGCGAGUGCGAGGUCGAGACGACGCUCGAGAACGACUCCAAGUACCUGAAGCAGUGUCUGCGCUGGGUGCGCAGCAAUUGGCGCUCCAACAUCACGAGCCUGAAAGACGGCAACAUGUGGAGAAAAUACCCCUGGAGCCUGUAUGCGGUGUUCCAGACAACGGUCACGCAAUGGGCGUUUCUGUACGACGUAUUACUGUUCUGGACGUUUAACAGGACCCUGGCCGAUCUGGGCUGUGACGCCGCCGCCAAUGCCUGGCGGCCCGGGCUGCUGUGGGCGCUCUUCGCGGCGCACUAUCUGUUCAGCAAGACCAUCAAGUACAUCCCGCACCUCCUGCGCAACCCGGGCGACAUCAUGUACCUGCCCGUGUCGAUUCUGUUCGGCUUCUACCACAACACGAUCAAGUUCCAGGGUCUGUUGACGCUCAAGGAGACGACCUGGGGCACGCGCGAGGGCGCCGACCAAGACGACGACCUCAGGAUGAUUCCCAUCAAGCCCCCCGUGUCGCCGCCGCCAGAGGGCCGCGUGCUGCGCGAGCGCGGGGCCAUCCUGCCCACGGCGACGACGGCGACGACGGCCAUCGGCUGA